AGGAAGCGCCGGGGUCGCGCGCGCUGGGCCCCUGGGCGUGUGGCGUGCGCCGCUCGCUCUUCAAGGCCCUGCCGGGCCCCACAGGCUCUUCCUGGACCCGCAGGCCGGACUCCCGACCCUGAUUCAGGAUGCUGUGCUCUCUGCUCUUCUGUGAGUGUCUGUUGCUGGUAAUUGGCUAUGCUCAUGAUGAUGACUGGAUCGACCCCACAGACAUGCUUAACUAUGAUGCUGCAUCAGGAACCAUGAGAAAAUCUCAGGUGAAAUACGAUACAUCAGAGAAAAAGGAUGUGAGCCCUGACUCAUCAAAUGCUGAUGAAUUAUCAGAAUGUUUUCACAGACUUGAUGCUUUAACUCACAAGAUUGAUGAGUGUGAAAGGAAAAAAAAGGAAGACUAUGAAAGUCAAAGCAAUCCUGUUUUUAGGAGAUACUUAAAUAAGAUUUUAAUUGAAGCUGGCAAACUUGGACUACCUGAUGAAAGCAAAGUUGAUAUGCAUUUUGAUGCUGAGAUUAUUCUUAAAAGACAAACUAUAUUAGAAAUACAGAAAUUUCUCAAUGGAGAGGAGUGGAAACCAGGAGCAUUGGAUGAUGCCCUCAGUGAUAUUUUGAUCAAUUUUAAGUUUCAUGAUUUCAAAACAUGGAAGUGGAAAUUUGAAGAUUCUUUUGGAGUGGAUCCCUAUAAUGUGUUCAUGGUUCUUCUGUGUCUGCUUUGCAUUGUGGUAUUGGUGGCUACAGAGCUGUGGACGUAUGUUCGCUGGUAUACCCAGUUGAAACGUAUUUUGAUUAUCAGUUUUCUAUUCAGUUUGGGAUGGAACUGGAUAUAUCUGUAUAAGGUAGCUUUUGCUCAGCAUCAGGCUAAUGUUGCCAAGAUGGAGCCGUUAAACAACUUGUGUGCUGAAAGUAUGGAUUGGACUGGAAGUCUCUGGGAAUGGUUUAGAAGUUCAUGGACCUUUAAGGAUGACCCAUGCCAAAAGUACUAUGAGCUCUUAUUAGUCAACCCUAUUUGGUUGGUUCCGCCAACAAAGGCACUGGCAGUUACAUUCACUAACUUUGUAGCAGAACCAUUGAAGUACAUUGGAAAAGGAACUGGUGAAUUUAUUAAAGCUCUCAUGAAGGAGAUACCAGUACUGCUUCAGAUCCCCGUGUUGGUAAUUUUGGCGUUGGCAGUCCUGAGCUUCUGCUAUGGUGCUGGAAAAUCAGUUUCUAAAAUGAGACACUUAGGUGGUCAUGAGAGAGACCCUCCCCAUGCACUUGAGCCAGAUGACAGAAGGUGGCAGAAGGAAAUUAAUUAUAGACUCCAUGGUGGAGCAGGUGAUGCAGAUUUCUAUUACAGGGGUCAGACUGGCUCCAUUGAACAAGGCCAUUAUGACAAAAUGCUUGAGAGUAGAAGAGAGGUUUUGAGAGAGAGAGAUGUGGACUUCAGAUUUCAGACUGGCAACAAGAGCCCUGAAGUGCUUCGGGCAUUUGAUUUACCUGACACAGAGACACGAGAGCGUCCUCAAGUGGUCCCCAGUCCUAAAUCAUCUGUUUCGGAUACAAACCACAAAGAGAUUGUUGGAACUCCAGGAGAGAGCCUCCUGUCAGAACACAGCCAAUCCAUCAAGCCUGUCUCUGGCGAAGAGGUAUCAGAGCCUGUGGUAGGCUCAUCAGCCGAGGAAAAGACCCAGCUGCAAAUUGGCACGGAGGGCAGCAUGCACAGCCCAGGAGGAGCCGCAGCUGUGGCCAGUGGGAAGGAUCCUGUCAGCAGCCCCUGUGGCUGAGGGAACGCACACACUGCCACAGUGCUGAGGUGGUCUUUAAUUUGUAAAGUAGACUCUUGAUUCUUCCCUAUGAAUAGACUGAAAUUUACCACAAAGGUGCCAGCUUACUGAGUUCAUAACAAUCAGAAUGAACAACUCUAGAUAGCUAGCUUCCAUUUACUUUCAUCUUUUCUUAGCUAUUAAGGCACAUCCCAUAAGGUUUUUACAGUGUUAGUUUUGGAAGAGGGUUUCAUAGAACUUAUAUUUUAAAACAAAUAGUAUGGCAAAUAUACUUCUUGAUAAUAAAGGCAAUUGAAUUAUGAUAAAGUGACGAAAUCUUACUGUUUACAGGAACCAACUAACUAAAGUUUGUGUUAGCUAGUAAAAGCUCUGUAAUCUCGAGUAGUUAACAGUUCAUUAGAUCUAAGUUAGAUCCAGGGUUUCCCCUCUAGUAGGUACUUAAAUAUUUGUAUAGUUCACUCCUGCUUCUCCUCUGCUGUGGUGCCAGUCCAGUUUGUCUCUAGGCAGGCCAUGCACAGAUCAAUGUAAUGUUCUGGUUCCUGCACAUACAACAGAACUAGAGAUUGCCUGGCUAUGUUGAAACCCUAUAUAUCUAUAUAGGCACUUGCCCUCAAAGCCACCUCAUACAUCUGGCUUACGUGUGGUCUGGGGAAUUGAACCUGAGUCUUUUGGCUUUGAGGGCAAGUGCCUUAACUAAGCCAUCUCUCCAGCCCUAAUGCAAGUUUUUUUGUUUCUGGGGGAAAAAAAAAAAAAAACCAAAACAAUUGAUUUUUGAUUAUUACAUAUGUGAAAUAUAGAAUGCUUUUUUAUAGCUCCCUAAAUUACUCCCUAGGUACCUGGAAAAGUUAAUUUUAGAUGUCACUAUAUUUUCUGUCUUACUAUUGCAAAUAGUUUUUAGCAUUUUAUUUUUUCCCUAAGAAAGAUUUAUACUAAACUUACCACAGUAGACAGGUAACUAGUGAAUUAAUAAGAUGCAUACAGUUUAGAAUAAUCUGCACAUAUGUGCAAAUAAAGUAGUCAUCUCUGGUGCUGGGCCUGUUCACGCUGAUCGGUCAAUGUAGUCCUGAACUGUGCUGUGAUUCUGUCUGAAGAGGACUGAAUGCCUCAGGUAAUAGACUAACUCAAAGUAGAGGCAAUGCUGCUAAAAUUUCAUCUUUGUAUUUUUCAUUACAGAUAUCCAUUUGAGGAUGAAAUCUACUUUGACAGCUAGCAAGGGAGCAUGCUACUUUGAAUGAUUACAGCAGUUCAGGGAAGACUUUGUUAAAGCAAACUGAACAUACUGAGGCCAGUUUAUUACCAGAAGAAAGAGAAGGCUUAUUGACUAGCCAAUACUUGUUCAUGAAAUUAAAGCAUGUAGUAUAACAAGCUCUUAAGAUCAGAACAGGGUGACUAGCUGGCAAAAGCACUUUUAAACGGAAUAAAUAAUACUGAAUGUUUACAGGGUCUAAGAACCUCUGUAUAGACAAAAUAAACACUUAUUUUUACAUUA